UCUAUUUGACUCGCGGCACUGCCGCGGCGGCGGAAUUUCCCCGCGCCGGAUUUGCGUCGCCGAAUCGGCCGAAUAACGGCGGCGCGAAGCGACGCGACGCGACGCGACGCGGGACGCGGCUAGCGGCGAGCGGCGCGGUGACAGCGCGGAUGGGUUAUGUCGGCGAUCGCCGUGUCCGACGACUCCGACGCCGACGUUCCCGUAUUCGACUCGCGCCUCGCGCCCCCCAAACGCGCGAGCCGUCAGCGGACGUUCCUCGGGAUCGCCGGGAGUCGAGCCGCGUCAAGGCAAAACGGAGCGGAGCGUUGCCCGCGUCGCGCGUCUUCCGCGUCGGCCUGUUGUCAAAAUCAGCUGCCAUUGCUGGCUCUCCUGACGCUCCCUCUCUUUCUCUAUUUUCGCUCGUUAUGCCAGACGUCGCGUCGGCGAUCUCGCGGACGCUCGUAAUUCACCCGAACGCUUCGCGACGCUCUCGCGACUCGCUCGCCGAGUCUACUCUUCUCCGAUCUGUCUUUUCGCGCUAUCGUAGCUUGGGAAGGAACCGUCGAUAAAUCGUCAGAUUUUCUUUAUAUACGAUUGAUUUUUGGUCGAGGUACAUUGUUUUGCCUACAUUUUGCAGCCGAUAAAUCUUUGAUCCUUCGGGAGAAUUCUGUCUCGUGAGACAACAAAGAAGCUGACAAAUAACUUGUUAAACGGACAUUGAUGCGCGCUUAGAAACGUAUUUAUUUAUAUUCAUAUAGUUGCCAAUGUUUUUAUUCAUAGUGCUUGAGGAUAUGUUGCAGGCUCGAGAGACUGGAACCUCGAUUUACGUCCGCAAAGCAAAGAGAAGAAGACGUCAAGCUAGAGCACUUGAAAAAGUUAAUGUGAGAAGCAAGUGGGUGGUGAAUUUAAUUAAGGACGAUAUAGAGAGCAAGGGUAGAAGAUAAGUACUAAAGUGGUAAAUGCAGUGGCUGCGGAAGCGAUGGACCCAUCGAUGUUCGUCACAUACACUCCUCAAACAAACGGAGUUCCACUGGAGUCCAAGCUUGCUACCUACAUGAAUCGCCAAAGUUCUGGCAUAGUUCCGAGCACGAACUCAGUGACCAAGCAUUUGUCCAGUCUUUCUCUGGACCCACAAAAGAAGGUAACUGCCAGUCCCGAAUUUGUGCCAGGAAGAGGCCUUACAGGCAGCAACAGCAGCUCGCCGAAUCUCUUUAACAACUCCUACACCCAUUCGCAAGAAAACGUGGGUGGCACUACAUACUUCUAUUUCGGGAGUGCCGGUAGCGAAGCUGUCGGAGCCGAGGAUGGCACUGAGGCUAUCGGACCCAUGGCAACAGGUCACAUUGGCUACGUCUAUCCGGGUACUCCCUCGCAUCUACAACCCGUGAAAACGACGAAACCAUCCUCGUCCAGUAACUCCUCCGCUCCAUCUACACCUCCCCCUCAGGCCGCUUCUAGCUUCUUCGUCGGCGAAAGCUUGCGACUGGAAAUUUUGCAGAAGAACGCAUUGACAUUGGCACAACCGGAUAUAGUACGAUUUCCUGACUUACCUAAUGAGGUUGACAAUUAUCACGAGUUAUGUCCUUUGGAGCCAAUCCAUAAAACCACCUCGACGGCCCUUGGAUAUCAAACUUCCACGUACAAGGCCACCAGUAUCAAGACUGGCACGCGAUACUGUUUACGUCGUAUUCAUGAGUUCCGACUCAACACCAAGUGUAUGGUAUUGGUCGACAUGUGGAAGCGAUUGUCACAUACAAAUCUGGUUCAGCUAAGAGAAGUCUUUACCACCAAGGCGUUCGGUGAUCAUUCCAUGGUUUUUGUAUAUGAUUAUCACCCUGCUUCGGAGACAUUGCUGAAUAAACAUUUCACCUCGACGGAGCUUAACGGUUACACCGACCCGUUCUCGUCGGAUCCCAACGCGCCACGGCCUUAUAGUCAUACCAAAAACACCAUUCUAAGACAACAGCAUAGUAGCAUGCUACCGGAAAGUGUUAUUUGGAGCUACAUCAUUCAACUCACUGCCGCAUUUCGUGUUAUUCAUGCCGCUGGUUUGGCGUACAGAUGCUUAGAUCCCACUAAGGUACUACUUACAUCGCGGACACGACUUCGUUUGAGUUGUGUCGCUAUUCCAGACGUGGUCACUGGAGAUGGUGGAAACAACACGAAUCCACUCACCCUCAUCCCACAUUAUCAGCAAGAAGAUUUAGUAGCACUCGGCAAGCUGGUCUUAGCACUGGCAUGUCGAAGUCUUAUCGCCGUCCGUCGCGAGAAUAUGUCAGCCUCCAUCGAGCUGAUCACACGUUCCUACUCCACCGACCUUCGAAAUCUUAUCCUGUACUUGCUGUCAAAUCAACCCCGUAAGAGUGUCACGGAUCUCAUGCCAAUGAUUGGUGCGCGAUUUUAUACACAGUUGGAUGCCGCCCAGUUACGAUUAGAUGUUUUCGAGAACGAACUUGCCAAGGAACUGGAAAACGGACGGCUAUUCAAAUUAUUGGUCAAGCUAGCAACUAUCAACGAAAGGCCGGAGCUUAAUAUGGAACCUACAUGGGCAGAGACGGGCGAUCGUUAUAUGCUCAAAUUGUUUAGGGACUACGUAUUUCAUCAAGUGACAGCUGAUGGAAGACCCUGGUUGGAUCUCGCGCACGUUGUAGCUUGCUUGAAUAAGCUCGAUUCAGGCUCGCAGGACAAGAUAUGCCUCAUGUCUCGAGAUGAGCAAAGUGUUCUAGUGGUAAGUUAUGCGGAGUUACGGCAAUGUCUGGAAACGUCAUUCGGCGAACUGGUACAAUCUACAAAAGAUGCUGUUUAAGGAUGUGUCCUCGAUAGCGCAUACUCCGAACCAUAAAUGUGAUAUCAUCACUUAGCGGUACUAUCAUUUUACUCUUUAUCAAGAUGCUGGAGAGUGAGAACUGUCGAAUUGUGUUUGGUGAUAUAAGAAAUAACGCGCAACUCAGUUUUGUAUACAUGAUUUUGCUCGUCGGAUCAAUUAGGUACGAACGCAUUAUAAAUGCGUUGCAUUUAGGAUGUAAGACGUUAAAUUUUCGGGUCUUUAAGUCUUAAGGAUUUAUAGAAUCCUUAAAUCUUUGGGUUUUUGGAUUUUCCAGUUUGGAUCUUACGAUCUUUCGACGCAGGAAUUCUCAUUUAUGAUGUUUGGCUCGCUCAAUCUCGCAUUUCAAAGUGUCGAGUUUUGUAAUCCUUGUAUCCUCGAUUCUUGCAUUCAUUCGCAAGAGAAACGUAGGUGUAAAUUCUGAUCUUACAGAAAAGUUGCAAAUUGAUUGAUUAUCACAUAGCUUUUAGCCAAGCAAUUUGUAGAUUUUCCUGUGCCCCCAGUUGAAUUCUUGUGUCAAAUGAUCCUUGGAUCUUUGGAGUUCUGAUCUCUUGGAAGUUUGAAGCGUGGGUUUUGAAGGGUAUCAUGUGAUUUCGCGAAUCAGCGAGGAUUUGGAUUCGCUGUAGAGCCCAUUACGGUACUAUACAAAAUUGUACACAACUUAACAAUGCAGUAAACUCGUAAGGAAUCUUAAGACAACACCUAAACACGCUCGGUGUCUAGGAUAGAGACCUUAGUUUUUAGGAUACAGCAUUAAUGGUAAGCAUUAAUUUUGAAAUAAAUGUUUAUUUUUGAAAGCAAUCCUAA